CUUCCGAAAUUUAUUCAUAACGAUAUUUACAAUCACAUCGAUACGAUGUCAGAAAAGACAUUCUCUUUUCGAAAUGAAGAACUCGUCGUCUUCACUCCAUCGUAGACAUUUUGUUGAGUUACUUAGUUAUGAUAAUGUAGUGAGCUACCUUCAUUCAACUUCGGAAGUGUUAAAUAAUUAUGAUAACUCCGAAAGACACCCGGUUAGGCAUCAUCACGGCAUUUUCAUUGAAGAAAUUCCAUGGCCGGUGAAAAAAGAAGCGGUUGUGCACGGUGAUUUAAUUCUUGGUGGUUUGAUGAUGGUGCAUGAACGAGAAGAUACGAUUACUUGUGGUCCUGUGAUGCCUCAAGGUGGUAUUCAAGCACUGGAAGCAAUGCUGUAUACUUUGGAUAGACUGAACAAUGAUCCCAAUCCUUUGUUGCCAAACAUAUCUCUUGGAGCUCACAUUUUAGACGACUGUGAUAAAGAUACUUAUGGUUUAGAAAUAGCCGUGGAUUUCAUCAAGGGUUCGAUAAGUAAUAUCGAUGACAACGAAUACCACUGCAAUAAAACUCAGAUGAGGAAAGUUAUAUCUGGUGUAGUAGGUGCUGCAUCCAGUGUCACUUCCAUACAGGUUGCGAAUCUUCUUCGUCUAUUUAGGAUUCCGCAGGUGUCUUUCUUUUCAACAAGUCCAGAGCUCAGUAACAAACAACGGUUUGAAUAUUUUACACGGACCAUUCCUUCCGACCACUACCAAGUUAAAGCAAUGGUAGACAUCAUUCGCCUGCUGAAAUGGAGCUACGUUUCGAUACUAUACGAAGAAUCAAACUACGGUAUCAAAGCCUUUGAAGAACUCGAAGAUCUCUUAGCUGAAUACAACAUCUGCAUUGCGAUAAAAGAGAAAUUGGUGAAGGAUUCCGGUGUAGCUGAUGAAUCAGCCUAUGAUUAUAUCGUCAGUAAACUACUCACAAAACCAAGAGCAAGAGGGUGUAUAAUCUUUGGAUCGGAUCAAGAAGUAGCAGGGGUAAUGCGAGCAGUAAGACGAUGCAAUGCAACAAAGAGUUUUUCAUGGAUUGGAUCUGACGGGUGGAGUGCCCGUUCCCUUGUUUCUGACGGAAAUGAAGAUGUAGUAGAAGGAACACUUUCGGUUCAACCUCAGGCGAAUCCUGUUAAGGGAUUUGAAGAAUAUUUUUUAUCACUUAAUGUGAAGAAUAACCAAAGAAAUCCUUGGUUUGUAGAAUUCUGGGAACACCACUUCCAAUGCAGAUAUCCAAAUGGAACUAAGACUCCUUACAAUCAAAAAUAUACGAAACCUUGUACUGGGCAAGAGAAGUUGACGAAACAAAAUACGGUGUUUGAGGACCAAUUACAAUUCGUCUCAGAUGCAGUUAUGGCUUUCGCAUACGCUAUAAGGGACAUGCAUCAGGAGCUUUGUAAUGGCAGACCUGGACUUUGCGAUGCAAUGAGGCCAACAAAAGGGGCAGAACUCCUAAAGUACUUGAAAAAAGUUAAAUUUGAAGGUUUGAGUGGGGACUUUUUCCACUUUGAUAAUAACGGAGAUGGACCAGCAAGAUAUAAUAUCAUCCAUUUCAAACAGAUCUCUCCCGGAAAGUAUACUUGGAUUAGAGUUGGGGAGUAUUUAGAAGGAGAACUCCAUCUCAAUAUGUCAGAAAUACAAUUCAAAUUAAAUGAUCCAAUACCACCCGAAUCUGUAUGUAGUCUUCCUUGUAAUUUGGGCCAAGCGAAGAAAUAUGUAGAGGGAGAAAGCUGUUGCUGGCAUUGCUUCAACUGCUCUCAAUACCAGAUAAGGCAUCCAACAGAUCCAACGCAGUGCCGUAUGUGUCCACAAGGAACUGUCCCUGAUUUCAAUCAUAUAAUGUGCGUCAACAUCCCAGAAGAAUAUUUGAGACAUGACAGCGCUUGGGCAAUAGGAGCUAUGUCUUUUUCAUCAACAGGCAUUUUUGUGACCAUAUUUGUCUUGGCGACCUUUAUCAAGCACAGCGAAACACCUGUUGUGAGAGCAUCAGGAAGAGAACUGAGCUACGUAUUACUCGCUGGUAUUCUCAUGUGUUAUGGUAUAACAUUCGCUUUGGUUGUCAAACCCACAGAUAUUGUUUGUGGCAUUCAGAGAUUUGGAGCUGGUUUCUGCUUCACCGUAGUUUAUGCUGCUCUCUUCACCAAGACCAACAGGAUUUAUAGAAUUUUCAAUGCUGGUAAACGUUCAGCGAGGAGACCUAGCUUCAUUUCGCCGAGAUCCCAGCUUUUAAUUUGUAGUGGACUCGUUUCCGUACAAGUGUUCAUCAAUGCGCUUUGGAUGCUCAUAUCACCUGCCAGAGCCAUUUAUCAUUAUCCAACUCGAGAAGAUAAUCUUUUAGUCUGUUCUUCCGACAUAGAUGCUUCUUAUAUGAUUGCAUUUGCGUAUCCUAUUUUCCUCAUCGUUAUAUGUACAGUUUAUGCUGUACUCACCAGGAAAAUACCUGAAGCAUUCAACGAGUCGAAGCAUAUAGGUUUCACCAUGUAUACAACCUGUGUUAUUUGGUUGGCUUUCGUCCCCCUUUAUUUCGGAACAGCCAAUCAUGUAGCGCUGCGAAUAACCAGCAUGUCUGUAACCAUAAGUCUUUCAGCGAGUGUUACAAUAGCUUGCUUGUUUUCUCCGAAGCUCUACAUUAUCUUGAUAAGGCCUGAAAGAAAUAUCAGACAGAGUAUGAUGCCGAUGAGGUAUAGUGCUAUUACGAAGAGUACGGGAACUGGAUCACAUGGUGGUAGCAUGAUGGCCCAUUUAAUGGUGACUGCUGCAACAUGUGACUCGAAACAACAAGUACAAAAAUGUAUGCAAAAACCUAUUGAUCUGGAUGAGAGAGAUGAUAGUGGUACAGAUUAUCCCAAAUCCAAACCGGAAAUGAAAGAUAUUUGGUGCCAAACCGACCCACUGUGUCCACUGAAACUACUAGAUAAUAGAGAGCUUGAUAAUUUAAAAGUCAACAACAAUUUCAACGUAGAAAAUGGAUCAAUGGCUCGAUUAGCUGGUGGACCAAUAAAAGAAUUACCCUUAUAGCAGGAUCAUAUUAAAAGAUCUCGAAGUUUAAAAUAGAAACGUUGCGAACGAGUUCAAAAAGAUAUUUGCCAAGUUGUUAAACUACAGAUCUUUGGGGUCCAAGAUGUAUGUGUCGAUCUGAACUGAUCAUAAGUCAUGAGAUUAAUGACUACCUAAACAUAAGAUCAACAAAAA